ACGCUAACUCUCGUCCGUCGUCUCCGAUCCCCCCAUACCCUUCCCCUUCCCCGGCCCUCCGUCCUCCGCUCUCCGCUCUCCGGGACUUUCUUGGAGACAAAUCGAGUGUCUGAUCUGAGCGUACCGAGCUGGUUGAUUUUUCUUUGAUUUUCGGAGAGGUUCAGGGGCCUACUAUACAUAGGUUAUUGUGGAUCUCAUCUGUGGAAAGGUUCAGCAAGGGGAAGACUUGUGGCUCCUAACCCCAUUUAUUGAAGUUUUAUGCCAUUUUGAGGAUGACUGUUGGAUCUUCCUUGCAUUUGUCCCAUGAGCUAGGUGUUGUCCAAAGCACUGGCCAGACUAACCAGCUUAAGGUAAGAGGAAUCGGCCACGCCAACCGACUUAAGUGCUACAAAAUAAACAAAUUGUACUGCUUGAAGACCUUUCCCCUUUCUUCUUGUGCUUCGCGACAAGGUGCUUGGAGUUCCCAUAUUUCAGACAGGGUACACAAGCCAAUGUUCUGCAUUCCACACAGAUACAAUGUUUUCAAGUGUCAGUCUUCUACUAUACCGUUCUCAGAACAUGUGAUUCCUCUUCUGAGGAAUACCACCUUGUCUUUGACUAGGUCAUGCAAUGUGUUGCUUGGAAACCAUCAUUCUUACCAUUUAAUCCCUGCUGUUGGGAUCAUUGCUUUUGCUGUAUGGGGUCUUGGGCCACUGAUGCGGUACCUGAGAAGCCUAUUUUAUAAUGAUAGUAACUGGAAAAAGAGCAAAACAUACUAUAUGUCAACCUCAUAUAUUCAGCCGCUCCUCAUUUGGACUGGAACCAUACUUAUUUGCAGGUUUCUGGAUCCUGUAGUUCUAACCUCGGAAUCGAGCCAAGCAGUUAAAAUACGUAUUCUUAAUUUUGUAAGAUCUUUAUCAACGGUGCUGGCUGUUGCCUAUUGUUUAUCAAGCUUCAUUCAGCAGUCACAGAAAUUCUUCAUGGAGCACAGUGGCGCUGAUGAUACAAGAAAAAUGGGUUUCCACUUUGCUGGAAAAGCUAUCUACACAGCAGUUUGGGUUGCUGCAAUUUCUUUAUUCAUGGAGUUGUUGGGAUUUUCCACCCAGAAAUGGAUCACUGCUGGUGGUCUUGGAACAGUGCUGUUGACUCUUGCUGGUCGUGAGAUUUUCACGAAUUUUCUUUCAAGUGUUAUGAUACAUGCAACACGUCCAUUUGUUGCCAAUGAAUGGAUUCAGACUAAGAUUGAGGGCUGUGAUGUUUCUGGUUCCGUAGAGCAUGUUGGUUGGUGGUCUCCAACUAUCAUAAGAGGUGAAGAUCGUGAAGCAGUUUAUAUUCCCAAUCACAAAUUCACAGUUAGUGUUGUGAGAAAUCUCAGCAAGAAGACACAUUGGCGUAUUAAGACCCAUCUUGCCAUCAGCCAUUUGGACGUUAAUAAAAUUAGUAACAUUGUAGCAGAUAUGCGGAAGGUUUUAGCAAAAAAUCCUCAAAUAGAGCAGCAGAAGUUGCAUAGAAGAGUAUUUCUAGACAAUAUUGACCCAGAAAAUCAAGCUCUUCUGAUUCUUGUUUCAUGCUUUGUUAAGACCUCAUAUCAUGAAGAGUAUCUUUGCGUAAAGGAAGCUGUUAUGUUAGAUCUACUCAAAGUCAUCAGCCAUCACAGAGCUAGACUUGCAACUCCUAUCCGUACAGUCCAGAAGAUGUAUGGUGAUCCUGACAUAGAAAAUAGUCUUUUCGCAGAGAGUGUUUUCAGACAUUCUGCAGCAUCUAGUCGUCCAUUUCUUUUGGUCGAUUCUCAAUCAAGAAUCAAUGAUGAUGACAAAGUAAAGUCUCGUUCAACAUCACGUGCAAAUGAAAACCAAACCAGUAAGACUGCUACAACACAAGAGCCCAAGCUAACUCAUGGUGGCACAGCUCCAAACAACCUCAACAAGCACCAACAGAAGAAGGAAGAUUCUGGGGAUGCUUCACCUAAGAACAUGAAAGCCGAUGCGGCAGUAGCACCAUCUUCCAGUUCUCCAUCCACGACACACCUUGAAAGCCUGGAUUCAUCAGGGCCAACUCCAAAUUCUGGUAGCCAAAAGCCUCCUUUACCGGAGGCUGUUACUGAACAGAUUGAUGCAAAGAAUGAAGCUGAGAGCGUGCAGACAGUGAAGCCACAAGUUGCCAGAUCUGCUUUCGAAGAUAACAUUGUCCUAGGAAUGGCUCUUGAAGGAUCAAAACGUACUCUCCCUAUCGAAGAAGAAAAGGGUCCAUCAUCCAUGCAAUCACAGGAAAACGAGUUUGCUGCUGGACGUGGUAUUGUGCCUUCUACGUCUUCAAAGGAUGCUAAAGGGCCAGUCGCAUUGGUUGACCAGAGGGAUCAAGACAGCUGACCAUGUCACAAUCAGCCGAAAGUGUUGUGACUACAAUGCACCUCUUUUUUUUUUUUUCGAAACAGGUGCGUGGAAGUUGUCUGUGGGUGGCUGGUCCACACAGUUGUAUACUAUUGCUUGCCAUUGCGAUACAGAAGAUUCCUAAUUUGCUUGAUGGUUUUCCUUUUUAAACUGGGAUCCUCAGCAAUGAUGGUUUCAAAAAAACGUGCAAACCAUUGGGAGCUUCACUACACACCAUGUAGUUCAUAUGUUCACUGGUCUUGUUUACCUCGGUCAUGCUUAUUUUCUGUUCCUGUAUUUGUAAUGCAUACUGAGAGGAACUAAUGGUUGUCACACUACUUUUGUUUUCUCCUCCUAAA